UCAGAGUAGUCUAGAAACUAUAGACAUACUGUAAACCGUAGCCUCUGCAUCAGACCUCUGUUCAGAUUAGCUUAGCCUCUUCAUUUUACUCUCUAGAUUCACAAAGAAACUCUGUUACUACUAGUCUGUUGUAUGAAAACAAACGGGCGACUCUGGUAAACUGCUGUAGUUUACCUCAGAGCUGCUAGAUCUUUAGCGUAGCUCUAUUCGAACCCUCUCUCGGACAGACUAAUCAUUAUUGCUGCUAGCGCUGUACUGCCUUCACUGUCUUCUAGAAUUUAACCUCAGUACAGCAUGAUGUAGACUAGCGUUUGGUAAAUAGAUGGACUAGACUAUAGACUAAUAUAGAGUAUCUUGAGUAUCUGUAAUCUAGUUUGUCUACUGUGGCAAUGGGUGCUAAUCAACAUCAAAUUUUCUGCACAUGGUUCCUAAAUAAAAAAUCGAAUGGUAUAUCAAAAUGCUGUUGCUACAUUUACACAAAUUUAGCUUUAACUCUGUUUUAAUGCAUUUAAGUGCAAGUAUACUGUAGUUUCAAGGAGCUGGAUGCUAUUUGUAAUGUUUCGCAGCUCAUUUUCCAGAUUUAGACACCAAUAAAUAAUAAUCAGACUUUUAGAAAGAAAGAAAAGAAAUAGAAAGACAUGCAAAAACAAACAAACACAAACAAACAAAAUGUUUUGUUUGGCUGUCAAAAGAGUGUGUGGGUCAAGGAUGCUUUUCUGCUUGAUUUCUGUGCCUUCUUUUGUUUUCUGACCACUCUUCUUCCAAGGAAACCUGGUUGUGGUGUUUCCCUGAGUGUUUUUCAUGUCGUCCAGUGAUGUUUACAGGAAAGCUGACCCUUCACUUGUCCAGUCACAGGUGGCCAUAACAGCCUCUUCUGUCUAGUCAUACUCAUCCAUUUCCAUUUGCCUCACAUAGAAACCUGUAAACUUUUCACCCUGUUUCUCUGUCGUCUGUGAACGUUACACUCUCUGAUUUAAGGGGUGUUCACACUGACAGCAACAAAGCGACUCCAAGUUUGCCAGUUACGGUUGGCGAUGAGAAAAGUCACAUUGCAAUUGGUUUGAAGGAAAUGAAUACUGUUUUUGAGGAAAGACGCAUUAAACUGAUCAAAAGACGAAUCUACAUUUCUUUUUUCAUUUCUCAUCACUCCUGUUCUUCCCUGAACUCUGCAUGUAUGAAUGCACCAUCAUUCUCAGACAGUAAAGUUAAUGCAGGGUGCAGUCAGAGCCUUUAAAACACACAGGCAGAUGUCCCUGCAAGGACAGAGAGACACCAACCGAAACCAGAGCUCAGAGGAUAUUGACCCGAAAGUUGCCUUUCCGCGACGAGCCCAGCCUAAGUUGGUGACUCGGACAAAGAAAAUCUUUGUUGGAGGUCUGUCAGUGAACACUACUAUUGAAGAUGUAAAGCAGUACUUUGACCAGUUCGGAAAGGUGGAUGACGCCAUGCUUAUGUUUGACAAAACCACCAACAGACACAGAGGGUUUGGAUUUGUGACCUUUGAGAAUGAAGAUGUGGUGGAGAAAGUCUGUGAGAUCCACUUCCACGAAAUCAACAACAAGAUGGUGGAGUGUAAGAAGGCCCAGCCCAAGGAAGUGAUGUCACCCACAGGCUCUUCAAGAGGUCGUGCUCGUGUCAUGCCCUAUGGGAUGGACGCCUUCAUGCUCGGCAUAGGAAUGCUGGGUUAUCCAGGGUUCCAGGCAGCAACAUAUGCAGGUCGCAGCUAUACUAGUCUCACACCAGGAUACACAUAUCAGUUCCCUGAAUUCCACUUAGAGAGGACCCCCCUUCUGACAUCACCCCACCCCCCUGAGCUCACAGCCAUUCCUCUAACGGCGUACAACCCCAUGGCGGCAGCCGCAGCAGCAGCAGCUGUGGUCAGAGGCUCAACUCCUUCUCGCUCAGCUGGGUUUUUAGGUACCAGCAGCCCUGGGCCGAUGGCAGACCUGUAUGGAGCGGCCAAUCAGGACUCAACCAUCAGUAGCUACAUCAGUGCUGCAAGCCCCGCCCCCAGCACUGGAUUCAGCCACAGUCUCGGGGGCCCUCUGAUUGCCACAGCAUUUACUAACGGCUAUCACUGAAAUGAGUGACAUGUACAAUAGUAUUCAUGGUUCUGACGUCUUCCACACAUCUUAAGGAAUGAUUUUUGAAGUAUGUGGUGAUUUCAAUCGAAUAUAACGGAUGCACUCUACGUGCCCGCAGCGUUUUGUUAUUUUCUCAAGCUCUGUUUUUGAAUGGUUUUGGAUGACAUGAAUCAACUGUAAACUGAUGGAAUGUCGGCUGCAACACUAUUAAUGUGAUUUGACAUAUUUCCUGUUUUAUGAAUUACUGUCAUAUCAGUCUCUAAACUAACCUCCUGCUCCUCUUAUAUAGAGCUAAACCUGUAAAUAACUAGUUCAUUUCUCAGCUUUAAACGCUAUCAACUUAAGUCUACUUUUUGUCUUAGUUUUAUUUUUUUCUCUCUCAGUUCUUGUUCAAAGUUUUGUCUUUUUUGUGAUGACUAUGUACAUGUAGGUUUGUAACUGUAGAAAAGCAUUUUCAUUUUAACAGCAUAAGAGCAAUAAUCUGUGUCAAAACUAUUUGGAUCUUUGUAGCGUAUUUAAAAGACUAAAUCGCUUUCAGACACAUUUGGUACAUUUUCUACUGAAGAAUAUAGUGUGAUGGGAUGUCAAAAUGUAUAUUUUGUUAGUUUUGCAACUGGAUUUAUUACAUUGAUCAUGAAAAUAGCAGUAAUUAUAAGGAGAACAUAUUUCUCAGACUUAGAUUCGACCUUGUUUGUGUAAAAUAUUGUACAUACUAUCUUUUUGAUCUGGUGAGAUCUGUCGGCGUGAUUAAGAGAGUUUUUUUACACUCAAGAACGCAAACACGUGAUAUUCUGUGUCCAAAACAGUUUUUUGAUGACAAUUUGAUGAACUUGAACUUUUUGUUUUAUUUUGUUCAGUGUUUUUUUGUGACAGAACAGAAGGCAAUGUGAAUGAUGCUACUGCUGAGUGAGUGUGUCUGUGUGUGUUUGAGAGUGAAAGUAUGUCUGGUGCUGUCAUGAUCUAAUGUAUUAUCUUCAGUAAGAUGUUUUAAAAUGUGAAGUGUAACCCCUAUUUCCAUGCUGUUUUGUUGCUUUUACCAAGUUUAUAUCCAUAACACAAUUCCUUUCAUCUCU